CAAAUGAGAGAUUUGGAAUGGGAUUCUAGGGGUAGUUGCAUCGGAGUAGAAGAGGGUGCUAGUAGUAUGUAACCAGCAGUUCGAAUGUGCUUUCUGGGAGAUUGAAAAUGGCAAGCCUGAAGAAGCUGGCCGUGUGAAACAGCGUGUCGACGGAUAUGAAUAACGAAACGUGGGUCACAAGAGGCGCGUGGUACGACACUACCCCUUAGGCAGGACUUCAGCCUCUAUGACUUCGUAACUACUCCUCUACUUUUGCCAGGAACGUGCCGCAAGUAGGCGAUCUGUUGACUCGUUAAGGCCUGUUGGUUGAAGUAUGUUGAUUUAUUUACAUUCCCUGCAGCUAGCUGACUCCGGAAGCAAAUUGGAUUGUUCAUCCUUCCACUUCCUUGCCAUGGACAUCCACCUGGAAUCGUUGAGUAGAACCCAACUACAGCAGUUGUGCAAAGACAAUAACCUCAAGGCGAACUUAAAGACAGACGCCCUAAUCACAUCCUUGGAGUCGCACAUUGCUCAAGGGCAUACUCUAAUUUCUUCCGGCGAUCGGACGCGGACGAGCAACCCCCCCGUGGGUUCUCGACCCCUAUCCUCUCCUCCGACUCCCCGAGCCACCGAAGAACCCCCUGCCCAAACUCAACGCAGCCGCAAGCCCAGUCGCGCUACGCGUGCCAAUAGCGGAAGCGCCGCCCGAUCUUCUGCACCCCCAACCCCAGUCGUGUCCGAGUCCGCGGUAGUAGAAUCUGAGAAAGAGAACAAGAAGGAACCACCAAAGCGGAAAGCCCGUGAUACUCAGAAACGUCUCGGAGUGGGGAAGCCACGUAUAGCCGGAGGGGACGGUGCCCGCGCCGUCACCCGAAUUGUCUCCAGUCGAUCCGCGCCCCGGACACGUUCACGAGUAGAUAUAGUCGAAGGGAAUGGACGAAUGGAGGCUGUUGUGGAGGAGGAAGAACCUCCCAUCUCCGGACCACAAGUCACAACCCCACCAGCAGAAGAACCCAGUGGCUCCAGGACAAGCACUGCGAUAUCUCGACGAAUAGCCUCUAUCGAACUCCAGAUAGCCCAACUCAUUACCUCAAGAGACAUGCUGGUUUCCACUCUCUCAUCUCAGGAGAAAGACUUGAUGGGUGUCAAGGAUGACAUUGUCACCGGCAGAUCACGAAUAAUGGAUGAAGUUUCGAAGCUCAUCGAUUUGCGAAUACAAAAACUAACGCCAUCUGGAAACGAAGCUGAAAUGCAGCGACAACUUGAGGUCGAACGUGAGAGGACAGCCGCACAAAUAGAUUCGCUUUCGAAAAGAAUCGCUACCCUUGAGGAACUCGACCAUGGCGACCCCAAUCCUACUCUCUUGUCCACACCCGGCGCUGGUAGUUCAAAGGAUGGAAGCAUUGUUGGUCUCGAUCCUUCUGAACUCCUCCACCCCUCUCUCCGUGAUGACACCCCUCUGAUACAACCCGGUCCCGGAAGGAAACGUGUCUCGUCAGCGGAGCUCGAGUCCCCGCGGGUGUCCAAGCGACUCAAACAUAGGAUGCCUUCAUUUGACACAACGGCUGCCCUUCUCGAAAACGCCGUCGCAGAGACAGGAGCGGCGGUAGUACCUCCGUCGCCUAUCGCGCCAGUGCCAGCAAUUCAUGAGCUUGCACCGCGGACCCCUCCACUGACCCGAAGUGCCCGACGACAAAUACUUCCCCCUGAGAGUCCCCGUGGCGCGGCUCCGACUUCGCUCCUUCGUAAGCUCCCGGGGACAACAGGGAGUCCGACUACAGACAGCCCCCGAAGGGGAAAGGGCAAGGGCAAAGAGAUCGUAGGGAACACUCUUCCUUUGACUUCACCAUCCAAAUCAAGAACGGCAAAGGAAAGGACUUCAUCAUCUAGUGCAAAGGAUGUCCCUGCCACCCCCAGACCGGUGUCUUCGAGAGCCAGGGACGGUGAAUAUGGUGUUUCAGGGAUAGGCAACCUGCAACCACCCGCUACCUUUCUCGAGCGGAUAGACUCAAGUGCUCGAAAUCCGGGGGAUACGUCCCCCGCUUUCCCCGUCUACGAGCCUCCGAGUCGCUUCAAUCGUAGUCUUGGCUUAUCAUCGGUUGAAGGACAAGACAUGCCUGGAGGAUUAUUACCUCCCUUUGGAUACGGCACUCCGCGCCAGCCGUCAGGUAGCAGCAGUAUAGAGACGGAGAGCCCCAGGAUACCCGUUGAGAUGAUGAGUGAUUUACCGACUCCUCACAUCGAAGAAGAUCCAUGGACCGUCACAGCAGAUGAUGCGCCGCCCCCGAGUCCUGGAAAAGGAACACUUUAUGGGACAGAAGUUGUUCCUGAUAGCGUCGAUGAUGCAUUCAAAGCCACCAGACGGUUAACGCGGAACCGGAAGUUUGCGGAAAGGGACGAUUGGUGAAUGUGAUCUAUUCCUUGUUUUUUUUUUCUUUCAAAAAUUUCCCUUCUCACCCUUGUUCGCCUUCGAGAAUCACUUCUCAUCGGAUGAUUUAUUUUGUUCAAUUUUU